AUCAAUUCUCGAGUGUCCAAACAUAUAUCGGAUAUUUUACAGAGCUGUGCCGGGUAGCGGUAGAUGUUAUCUUCAAAAACCCCUGCAAAAUCCUCAGGAUCUUCCAAAUUUCUUUAGUUGAAUCAAUCACUCUCCACCUUUUGAACUCAAUUACCAGAUACCUUCUUUGCGUAGUCUACCGUAUCUAAGUCUCGCUAUAAUGGCUUUGGUACCUGGUCGCCAUUUACACUUCGAUUCAUUUCAAAGCUCCUUCUCCAAGUUCAACGGCUCUCCUCUCCAUUUCUUCAGGUACAAUUCCUCAAUCCCUCUAAGAGCACGCACUCUCUACGCAAAUUCACUGUGUGACAAGAACCCACCAAGAAAAUCCAGUUUUCUCGCCACUGACAAACCAGUUUCUCAACGGAAACCGAUUGACAAAGUUUCAACGACUAGCAAUUGGUUCUCCAAAUGGAACAAACCCAAUAAACAGAACCACCCAAAACCCCCUCAAGCCGUCUUUAAUUAUCGAAAUAGCGACAACAGCGGUACUGGUGGUAGUACAAUGGACAAAAUUGUAGAAAAAUUGAAGAAACAUGGGUACGUAGAUGGUGAUGCUAAUGAGAAGAAAGAGAAAACACCAGAGAGAAUGAUAGAGAAAGGGAGUGUAGAGGAUAUAUUCUAUGCGGAAGAAGGAAUAUUGCCAAAUUCACGAGGUGGGAUUUCCAGGGAAUCACCUUUAGGAGUAGAGGAUCUGUUUAAGAGUAAUGGGGAGGUUAGGUUUCCGUGGGAGAAACCUAAAAAGGAGGAGAAUGAGGAUGAGAGGGAGUGGACGGCGAGGGGCAAGAGUAGGACAGCAUUGGCAGAGUUGACAUUGCCGGAGUCAGAGCUGAGGAGGUUGAGGAACUUGACGUAUCAAAUAAAGAGCAAGGUGAGGGUUAAAGGUGCAGGAGUUACUCAGGAAGUGGUGGAUACCAUUCAUGAGAGGUGGAAGGACUCGGAGAUUGUAAGGGUGAAAGUUGAGGGAGCACCUGCGCUUAAUAUGAGGAGGAUGCAUGAGAUACUUGAGAGGAAAACUGGUGGUUUGGUGAUUUGGAGGUCUGGCACUUCUGUAUCUUUAUAUAGAGGUGUGAGUUAUGAGGUUCCCUUGGUGCAAUUGAACCAGCGGAUUUUGAAGAGAAAUGAGAUAUCUACUAAUUCCUUACCAACUCCCACUGGUAAACUUAUUAUGAGUCCAUCUAGAUUUGCUUCUUCCAGUAAAUUGGAUAUGCCUCGAUCAAACUCAGAUGCUGCUGUGGAGGGUGAGGAGAAGAAAGAAACAGGAAUGCUGGAAGAAGUAAAGUACGAAGAUGAAGUAAACAACCUGUUGGAAGGUCUGGGUCCCAGGUACACAGAUUGGCCAGGGUUGGAUCCAUUACCUGUGGAUGCAGAUCUGCUUCCUGGCAUUGUUCCUGGUUACCAACCUCCAUUCCGGAUACUUCCUUAUGGAGUCAGGUCUACUCUUGGACAAAAGGAGGCAACAUCCUUACGAAGGCUUGCCAGGGUUCUUCCUCCUCACUUUGCAUUAGGCAGAAGCAGGCAGCUCCAAGGCUUGGCUGUUGCUAUGAUCAAAUUAUGGGAGAAGAGUUCAAUUGCAAAGAUUGCACUUAAACGUGGUGUACAACUGACUACUAGUGAAAGGAUGGCUGAAGAUAUCAAGAAAUUGACAGGGGGUAUGCUGCUUUCUAGAAACAAGGACUUCUUGGUCUUCUAUAGGGGAAAGGAUUUUUUGUCACCAGAUGUCUCUGAAACAUUGCUGGAAAGGGAGAGAUUGGCAAAAUCCUUACAGGACAAAGAGGAGCAGGCACGAUUAAGAGCAUCAGCCUUGGUUAUUCAGAGUUCUGGAACAAUGGAGCAGUCAGGAACUGCUGGCACUCUCCAGGAAACUUUGGAUGCAGAUGCAAAGUGGGGAAAGAGUUUGGAUGACAAUCAUAGGGAAAAAUUUAUGAGAGAAGUUGAAAUAGCACGGCAUGCCAACCUUGUCAGAAAGCUUGAGAGCAAACUUGUUUUUGCUGAAAAGAAGUUAACUAAAGCUGAACGAGCCUUAUCUAAGGUGGAAGAGUUUUUAAAGCCAGCAGAAAGACAGGCUGAUCCAGAUAGCAUAACUGAUGAGGAGAGAUAUAUGUUUAGAAAGCUUGGCUUGAGGAUGAAAGCUUUCUUACUUCUUGGUAGACGAGGUGUUUUUGAUGGUACGGUGGAGAAUAUGCACUUGCACUGGAAAUACCGUGAAUUGGUUAAGAUCAUUUUGAAAGCCAAAAGUUUUGAACAGGUUAAAAAAAUUGCUUUAGCACUUGAAGCUGAAAGUGGGGGUGUCUUGGUUUCAGUAGACAGAAUUUCCAAAGGUUAUGCUAUAAUUGUAUUUCGAGGAAAGAAUUACCAGCGACCUUCCACAUUGAGGCCAAGAAAUCUCUUAACAAAGAGGAAAGCUUUGGCUCGUUCAGUAGAGAUGCAAAGGCGUGAGGCUCUUGUCAAUCAUGUUUCAGCCCUGCAGAUGAAAGUGGACGAAAUUAGAUGUGAAAUUGAACGAAUGGAGAGUGUGAAAGAUGAAGGGGACGAAGAGCUGUAUGACAGAUUAGAUGCUUCUUAUCCUACGGAUGCUGGUGACAACGAGGAGGAAGGAGAUGAAGCAUGUCUUGGGGCAUACAACAGUGAAUAUGAUGCUAAGUAUGAUGAUGAUGAUGAAACUGGCAACAUAGUUCAAAGUAUCCAUCUGGAAACAAACUUUCCUUGUGAUGUCCAGAGCCAAGAGUCAGAAACGGAAACUGAGGGGGAAAGAUAUCCUGAGACAUUUGAUGGUGAAAAUGAUGAUGAGGAUGGUUUUGAAAGUGAUAACUUAGCUCAAAAUCACCAUACAAGUUUUCCAUACAAUGUUUGAGGUUUGUAAUGGGACAGAUAUGAAGCAUAUCGAGAGGCACUUGAGGGUGAAAGCGAUAAUGAUGUUGAAAGCGAUAACUCUGUUCCGAGUCCCCUUACAAAUUUCUUCUGUGAAUGCUCUAAAACAACUUGAGGUUUGCUAAAGACAUGCUUAAGCAGUGGUCAAUAUGGUGCGCAUCGCAGCAGGAUUACAGCAAGGAGAAUGAUGCCUGAAGGCAAUGAGGAUCUCUGACCACCUGCACAUCCCUAUAAUCAGCGUACAGAACAUUUGUGUGGGCACAGGUAUACGUUACCUAUAUUUGCAUUAUUUUUUUCUUGUAAAUUGGUGUCUCCAAUUCUUAUAACAGAAGUUAGAAUUAAGAGCCUGACCAGCUUUGCUGAUAUCAUGGAGAGAGACGAAAAUUGUAAAUGACUAACUAUCAAUGUCAUUUCCCUCCCUGAAAUACAGUAUGUGAUCAUCUGUGCCA